AAGAGGACUCAGCCGUGGUGUUCAUGUCCAGUGAGCUGGGUGAGCACUCCAUCACCACACGAGAUAUUGAUGUCAACGAGAACACCGUCAUCCAGUUCGAGAUUAAUGUGGGCUGCACAACUGAAAGCUCUUCCUUGAACCCUGUGCGUCUGGAGUUUUCUCGAGAUUUCGGAGCCACGUGGCAUCUGCUGGUUCCUCUGUGUGCCGGAGGGCCCCGACUCAGCUCUCUCUGCUCGACUGAGCUCCACCCGGCCAGCGUCUACUAUCCCGGCACCACGCAGGGCUGGAGGAGAGAAAUGAUCCAGUUCGGCAAGCUGCGGUUGUGCGG